AUGUUUGUAGAGGCCAUCAUCAUCCAUGCAGACACUGACAGUCAGGUUCUCUUCGGUCUCUCGACCGCAGUGCUGGCCAAUCCAUCUGGUGAUGAGAGUGGGGCAGCAACCCAGCACUCAAUCUUAGAUGCAACAAGUUCGGGGCAAAUCAAUGUGAACAACUGUGCAAGACUUCAGGGACUUACGCAUACGGGAGAGACUCGGAACAGAAACCCAAUUUCCCUUCCUACUCAACUCACUUUCUUUCCAGCAUUUCCAGAGGAUCAGCUACCUACUACCCCACUUCGUCGUAUUGUUUCACUUCCGCCUCACUUAGGGCGUCAGCACGCACCAUCAGAAUCGGACAAUAUCGGAAGCCCUUCUCAUACACUGUACUCAAACCAAUCCUCCCCCAGUCAGAGUGAGGAGCCAACCAGAGACUUCACCUUUGCUUUGCGGGCAGCUUACUUUACUCCCAAACAAAACGAGAGCACACCUUCCUCACCCACUACAGUCUCGUCACUCACAAUCACCCAACCUACCCCCACUCCGCACAUUACCAAUUCGAUACUACCAAUCAUGACUAAUCGCGAGCAUCCAAGGAUAGUACCGCUAUUCAAGGGAGAUUAUGGAGACAAAGAAGAACCUACUGAAUGGUUUCUGCAGUUCGAGUUAUCACUGCCCAAGACCUGGUUUGACACGCAGCGAAUAGACUGUUUUGCAAUGCAGCUUGCUCCAGGGCAAAUAGCGGAAGAAUGGUUCCAGGGUCUCUCGUCCACACAAAUCAGUACCUUCCUAGGUCUCAGAACUAUAUUUAGGAAACGCUGGCCACCUCCCAAACGACCCAAGUACUCAUGA